CACCCCAGGUUGUGGCACCCGAGGAGCCCUUUUCCAGCGGAUCCCUCUCGGAGUGGAGCAGUGAGGUUGGUCGUGCUGAGCACCGGGCUCCGUGCUGCCCCUUUUCACAGCUCUCCUCCCGGUUUGCGGCUCCGAGGCGAACCGAGUAAAUGCCAUCUCAGAUACACGCCCGAAAAUAGCGAAGGAGGAAUCAAAACAACGCCAAACCGACUCUGAUAAAAUAGGGCCAAAGUUACCGGUGUUAAGAGUGUGUCGUUGUGCUCUAGAAACCUUUAGAAGUGAGGAGCAAAAUGCACUGCUAAUUCCCUUUGCUCUUAUCUUCCUGUCUCUUAUUGCAUAGAAUGAAUCCGAAACACAAUUUGCAUUGCUGCAAAACCUCUCUAAAUAGAGUUUAUCCUGCUGGAUUUGCUCUGGUUUCUUCCUGUGAUUCUAUGCAGCUGCUUGCUUUGCUAAAACCAAAUCCUGGACACAACAGCAAAGCCACGAUAUCACCUCCAGCAGAAAACACGCUAACAUUUGUCCUUCGGGAUGUGGGUGAUGCUGCAAGCAGGACCUGAGCUCCACGCUGGUUCGUGACCAGGGGUGAUGUUGGAGAGGAGCUCCUGCUGAUGGAGGAAGAAAAGGGGAAAAAGAGAGUGGGGGUUUCAGGCUCCUGUCUGGGGCAACCUGGGGCUGGUGAGGAUCAAGAGCAAGAACACAGAGAGCACGUCACAGCACGGGGAAGGCAGCUCACCCUGGUGCAGGGUGAAGUGACGCCCGGCUCUUCCAGCCCAGUGGCUGCAGCUUUGCUCUCAUCCUGGAGCAGACACACAAACAGCGAUGAGGGGCAUGGCCUGGCACUGCCUGGCAGGCUGAGAAUCCAGCCCUCGUUGUGGAGUAAGGACGAUGUCAUCCACUGGCUCAGGUGGGCAGAGAGGGAGUAUUGCCUUCAGCAAACGGAUGAAAGCAAGUUUGAAAUGAAUGGCAAAGCCCUGUGCAUCCUCACCAAGGACGACUUCAGGUUCCGCGCUCCUGGCUCAGGUGAUGUGUUGUAUGAAUUACUUCAGUACAUUAAGACUCAAAGAAGAGCUCUGAGGUACAGCCCUUUGCUGAAAUCACCCUACCGAGAGGCCAAGGGCACAGGGGAAGGGCUCUGGAAGAUGUCCUGGGAUCCACCUCAGUGCAGCAUGAGGUUUUCCCUUUCAGGGAUGGACGGUGGUGCAGAGGCUGCCCCGACUGCUCCCUCACCCUGCCUGGAACACACUGAGCUGCCCCCAUCCCACAGCCUCCAUCAGCCCCUGAACCUCUCCCAUCCCAGCACUGAGGGCAGCUGCGGGGCAGAAUCCAUCCGCUUUUUUCCUACAGCCCCAUCGGCAUCAGUGGAUGGGAAAAUCGCAGACUGCAGGCUGCUGUGGGAUUACAUCUACCAGCUCCUGUCCGACAGCCGCUAUGAGCCCUACAUCAAGUGGGAGGACAAAGAGGCCAAGCUCUUCCGCAUCGUUAACCCUCAUGGACUCGCUCAUCUCUGGGGGAACCACAAGAACCGCAUGAACAUGACCUAUGAGAAGAUGUCCCGAGCGCUCAGACAUUACUACAAGCUUAACAUCAUCAAAAGGGAACCGGGGCAGAAGCUGCUGUUCAGAUUUCUGAAGACACCCGAGGAGAUCAUCCAGGAGAAAUCCAGCAAGCUGGAGCAGCUGGAGAACAUGGAGCACGAGGAGCUCAGGGAAGAGCUGCUGGAGGUUUCAGUGCAGGACACCACGGAAGGCUGUGUGUGCACUGCUGUGCAGGGGGACCUGUGCUCUGCUGGGAAGUGCCAGCACCUCCUGCUCCCUGCACAGAAGGCAGCAGAGGGGGUCCUGGAUUCCAAAAGUUGCCUUGAGCCAAAGCUGUGAUGCCUCGAAGCUGUUGGGAAAGGCUGCUUGGUUGUUACAGUGAGAUGAACACACGUGCAGGAUCACCAGUGCACUGAUGUUGCCUUGACCUGCUAUAGGACUCACCCUGCAGAUGUGCUGAGCACUGUGAUCUGUCUCCUGUGGAGCUGCAAUUAGGGGUGGGAAUGUGCUGAAGAGAUGGUCUGAAUCCUGGCUGGAGCUGCAGGCUGUACAGAUGUUCUACUGGGUCUUGUUUUAACUGCUUUUAAUCACGCUUUGUGUAACCAUAUGUCUAAAUGAUGUGACAUGAAACAGGUCA